AUGGGCUGCAAAAUGGAUGCUGUUAGCAGGCAUGAAAACAUUAAAUUUCCUUGUCCAUCUCCCCUCAGAGCUCUUAGGAAUGUUGUCAUUUCUGCUAUUGUGCUAAGUUGCUUCAGUUGUGUCUUCAAUCUUCGUGACCCUACAGACUACCAGGCUCCUCUGUCCAUGGAAUUCUCUAGGCAAGAAUACUGGGGUGGGUUGCCAUGCGCUCCUCCAGGGGAUCUUCCCAACCCACUUAUCAAAUUUCUACUGCAUUGGCAGGCGGAUUCUUUACCACUAGCGCCACCUGGGAAGCACUGUCAAUAA